GAUAUUAACCCGCAGAAGAAGAAUUUAAAUGAGGGUGAUGAGGAAGUCGAACAACCGGCUGUAAUUUUCACAUCGGUGGCCAGUAGAUAGUAAAACUGAAUAUCUGUGUAUAGUCAUGGCCGACAUCAGUGUAAACAACAGCCCCCAAGCUGAAGACAACAAUGACACCAAUUACUCAGAUGUCUCUGAACCUGCUAACGGGACGAACUUGGACCCAUCGGUGUUUCCUGCUAUUCACGAGCAGAAUAAAAAAAUAAUCCUACACGUGGACCUCAACAACACCAUUCUGGUGUCAGACGCAGUAACGUGCCAAGGGACAGUGGCUGCUCUGGAUUAUUUUAUGACGACUGUCACAUGGGGCAAAAUGUGUAAAGGCAAGUGGGAAUGGUUGAGUAACUCUCCUUCCCUGCUUCCACCAUGUGAUGAUGCGAUCAACUACUACUCUCAGUUUGGAGCUGCUCGUGGGUUCACCUCUGCUGCAGGUAAACGUUUUCGUGGGAUUCUGGAGGAACAUCUCAACUUGCUACGCUGGCCUGAAGGUGUAAAGGGAGACAGAGAGCUGACAAUAAAGGCUGAGGAUGGACGACUCUACCACUGGAUUCUUCCAUCAUUUUUCCAGCUGCUUAAAGACCUGACUCAGGAAGGGACCGAGUUUGCCAUCCACUUUCGUACGUUUGGAAGUGACCUACCACGUGUGCUAAGUGCUGUAUCCAAAGCAUUGACCCAGGGUGCCCAUCCACUGUUUCCUGAUCUCCCUGAUCUGAAGUUAAGUGUGAACAAGACACCAGGAAAGAUCCGCUGCAGCCCGAAAGGGGUUCUUCUCACCAGAGGUGCAGAGCGACUGUCGACCAAUGACGGAGAGAGAGGGCUGUACCAAUUCUUUAGCAGUGCAAAUGGGCUCGGAGGCUUCCAGGAUGACUACGAAUGGUGGGUAACUAAAAAGUUCUCCAUCCAGGGAGGGAAGCCGUUGUGGGUGGAUCCCUUUGAUGAGCACGUUCAACACAUCUUCAUAGAUGACAACAUACGACAGAAUGAUGAGGAUACUGUAGUGCAUCCCAAGGUUUUCAUGGAGCCAGACGGCUCUCACACUCGCACAGCCUGCAUCUCGGAGCUUUAUGACAUCGCCUUGAUCCAGACCGACCUCCUCAAGGCCAUUUCUGAGCCAGACUAUUUCACCCGCCGCGUCCACAUCUGCCAGAAGAACUAUGAGAAAAAUCUCCAGCGGGAGUCGGACUAGAGCACAGCUGAGUGUCCUCUCUUAACCACGUUAUCUGGUCUCACCAACUCCAUAUCAGGGUAUCUAGAUCUCAGGGCUGUUAGAAUUUAUAGAUGGAAAUGUUAUUUCCUUGGAGAAUUACUUUCAUGUUUUUACCUAAUGUAUACAUUAUUAAAGAAGCCAUACACUGAAGGCUGUGGUGACCCCUAACGGGACAAGCCGAAAGGAAAAGAUAUAUAUAAAAAAAUCAUUGUUAGUGCAAUGGUAAAAAAAGAAAAAAAAGUCAGUCAACAUGAAAGUACAUCUCUGUGUUAGCAGAACGCAAAGAGUCAUCCUACUUUGAGAUGAGAAUAAAACUAAGAUGUGGAUUUCCCAUUCACAUUUGGAAUAAUUAGUCGCCAAAUUAGAGACUGACUUGCAACAGAGGCUCUAGUGUGGAUGAUGCAAGUGGACAAUAAUUGCUCCACAAACGCUCUAUUUCUGUGGCGGUUGCUCAGUAAUUGGGGUCAAAUGGAGCCAAAAUCCUCCUCAGUGACAGCUAUUUGCAUUGGUUCAGACCUUGAAGGUAUUUCUUGAACUCACUGAGUCAUGUAUUUUUUUUGAAGGGUAAUAAUACCUGUUCAUGUGCUUAUGAAAAGCUUAACAACCCCAGCGUCAAAGACUAGGGCUUUAAAUGCACAUUAAUUCAACUCGUAAUGAUUUUUAUUAAUGCAGCUUUACAGAUACAUGAUGCCCUCUUGGGCUACAUCACCAUUUAAUGUACUCCAUGAUGUGAAAUGUUAAAGGCACUGAGACCCAUCAUUAGGUUGCCCCGAUGUUUGGGAUCAUUUUUUACUGCUGGUUUUUUUUUUUCCAUCUUAACCUUACUGCACAUUUAAAGAUUGUGGAAUGAGAGUGGGGGUUGUACUGAUUACAAUUUGCUAUUUAUCUAUUGAGGGAUUUUAUAUCUCCAGGGAGUUUAUUUGCCUUUUAUUUAUAUAUCUGUGGACAAAAAAACUUCUUUACGCUAUUUGUACAAAUGUACGGAUUGGCAGUUUCCAGGAUAAAGCUUUUUUUUUUUUUUUUUUUUUUUUUUUUAAGGGGAGCGGUCAUUUUUCUUAACAUAAUGCCAGGACGUUAGUGUCAAUUCAGGUGUUCAAUUAAUCCAAAUAAUGGUUCUUUGACCUUGGCUCAGUCAGGACGCCACUGAUAGAUGAUUACCUUAGGCAGGCUCACUCCAAUGCAAACAUUCCCAGUCCUAUUGGCUUAUUGUUAUUUAAUAUUUGCUUUUACUGUAUGGCUUCAGUUUGGGGGAUUUCAAAUGGUUGUUGGUGGCAAAAUGAAUGCACUUACAACUGUUUGAUGGUGGAACAAUAUAUUUUGAACAUCUUUGAAUGGUUAUGAACGUUUUGACACAGUGGUACACUGGUUAGAGUGUUACCCUCACAGUUCUGAGGACUGUGGUUCAAAUCCUAGGCCCAUAUGUGUAGCAUUUGCAUGUUCUGGGGUUUUCUGGUGGGUUUUCUCUGGACACUCCCACAUCCCAAAAACAUGGAUUUAUUCGAGACUCUAAAUAGCCCCUAGGUGUGAUUGUGAGUGUGACUGUUGUUUGUCUCUAUGUGCCCUGCGAUUGGCUGGCAACCAGUUUAGGGUGUACCCUGCCUCCUGCCCAAAGACAGCUGGGAUCGACUCCAGCAAUCCCGAUAUCCUCAUGAGAAUGAGCGGCACAGAAAAUGGCGGAUAGAUUGUUUUGAAUCCCUUUAAGAAUUCUUCGCAUCUCAUUCAAAGUACUAUUGUUAAUCCUUUUAUACAUACGGAACAUUAACAUUAAACCAUAUGAAACAUGAAUUUGACUGCUUCAUCAGUUGUCACUUUUUGUAUGCUUCUGUUACAUCAAACAGUUUUGAUAUGAUUGCUGUGAAUCAAACAUUUAAAGUUAAAUAUUGUGACCAUUGCAAAACGUCAUCAAUCACCACCCAUAGAGAGGAUCUUGAUAGAUGUGUGUGAUCUAACCGCCUCAGGUCCGCUGAGGAUUCAGUAGAUGGUCCAAAAGAACCAUUAAAUCGAAUCUUCAUUUCAUUGAACAUUUAACAAGUAUGUUGUUUUAAUGUAUUUUUUAAAAAUAAUAACUUCCCAGACAAAUUGGGCUUAUCUUCCUAUACAACGAAAAUGAUCAGUAGCUGUUGGAAGCCUAAAAAUUUCCAAAUCUUAGAGGGGACAUAUUUUGCCCAAGCAACUUUUUGUGGUACAGUAAUAUUUAGGAUGUAAUAUGAUUUGAAAUUGUCCAUGCAAACCCCCUUUCCAGAUGUUUUUCUGACAUUUUUUUCUGAAAUCAUGUCAUUUGACUUUCUCAGCCUUACUUACGUCACCAGAGAAUUUCUCUGCUGACCUUUCCGCUUCCGAGCUAGCGCUGUCAAGAUAACACAUUUGCUCUCACAAGUGAGUCUUCUACAAGGAGGCAACCAAUCAGAGGAAAGGGGUUUCUUUGUCAAAUAUACAUGAAAUACAUACAAAACUGGGUCGAACAGAAGUAACUGUCAGAAGAGCCUUAAAUAGGAGCUCUUGUAACAAAACAAACUGUUUAAAAAAAAAAAAAGUUUAUGCUUUUAUUUAAAGUUCAUGUUAGAGAGUCAUUUUUUGGAGUUCUAAAUCGCCUAACUACAGGACAUUUAAAGCUUUCGUUAGAUGUUUGAGUGUCCAAUAAGGAAUUUCUCCAUUUACUGCAGUCUAUAUGUGUGUGUAGUUGAGUUUCAUAAAGGUAUGUCUUAAUGAACCUUGUCUCAUAUGCGAAGUAUGUCACAGGUUGAUGGAUUAUGAUUCCCUCCUCUCUUGGUCUGGUCUGGCUGUGUUCAGCCCCAAUUGGCUACUGGGACACUGUAAUGCUGCGUUGGUGGUCCACAAACCAAUUAACAAUACAUGUACCUGCAUUUCGGGGUAGGACUGAUGCACAUAUGAAACAAAUAUACCAAAAUAAUUAGUCCUCUGUAAUUUAAUAUAGGGACCAUCAAAAGCUCUGACAUUGCUUUGAUGUAUCAUACACAACAACCUGCAAUCUCUGUCUCAUCCCUGCAAGCAUACAAAAAUGUCUAGCUCUCAUGCUUUUAUUUUUUUUUCCCCAAUGUAGAGUUAUGCAGAUGAGGCAACGUGAAAAACAUUCUGCAGGUCAAUUGUUACCAAAAUAUGAAGUGCUUUUGGAAUGUAUGAAUAAAUAUA